UUGCAACAACAACAACUAGAAAUUUAUUUAACAAUACAAUAAAAACAAAAAGAAAGAAAGAAACAUAAACAAAACACUAAUGUCCAGUCCGAGUCCAUAACAAUAUGAUGAGAUUUCCGUUUGUCACAUAGCGAGUUAUGGUGGCGAUAUAUAAACAAUAUACAGUUAGAUAAUGCGAUGUUACAUCAAAUUAUAAUCUGGGAAUAUUAAAAGUCUGUCAUUUAGCCGGUUUGCUAGGUUGGCUUGCAAAAUCCGAAAGACAAAAGAAAAACUCCGAAAAGCUUGCCACACACUUCUUGGAGGUUUGAAAAAUUGGAAAUAGCAUCGGAUAAAGAUGGGACGGGAGUUAGUACGGGCUCCAUCACGUCAACAAACGCACCGUUCGGCGGCUACCGCGACGACGCGGACGGCCUCUGUGGCGUUAGCUUCUGUAAGAGUUUUGUUUGUGCAAUAAUCCGAUGAAGCUAUUGUUUUUAAUUUUUUGUUAAAGAAAAGACUUGCACUUUUAUCAUGAAAAUUGUAGAUUGAAGAUGCCCCGAGGGGCUAAGUCAAAUCCAUAAGAGAGAUGCUAUUGUUUUUUCUUAAAUGAUUUAUCAUGUAGCUCAUAGCGUUUUAGGUAUAAAAUCGAAAUGGAGUAAUGAUUUACAGCAUAAAAUCAAAUGACUCAAAGGUAUCAGCAGCAAAUACACGAAGCGCACUUGAUAUCAAGUUUCCCAGUCAUGAAGGUCUGCAUGGUGUUUCUUGCUGUCCUGAAUUUAAAUGUAGUUAAUUCAGGCUUCAUUCCACCAAUUCAAGAGCGUGGAUUCAUGCCUAUUACUCAUCGAUGGCAGACUUCCUUAGAGGACAGUGGUUUGGGUGAAAUUAACCAAUUCGAGCCCGAAAAUCAGCAUGAAUACGAUUUUGGUGAUCAGGCUUCUGAUCUGCAUUUACAUGAGGAUCAUGGUCAACAUCAUUACGAACAUUUUGAAGAUUCAGCAGAGGAACAUCAACCCUCAUCACCGAUAUUCGAGGACAUUCGAAGUCUACCAUCUGAAGACCAUGAAACUAAAAAGGAGAAAACUAUUCACGUACAUGAGCAUCAUCAUCAUUAUCAUAGUCACUAUAGGACACUCCCAGUGUCGAUAAUCAAGAAAACGGUGUACUUCAAACAUGGAUGAAGAAUUUAAGUUUGUUAUUGGUAAACGUUUAUACUUGAAAAGACUGUUGCAUUCUAAGAAAUAAAACUUUCAUCUUCAUUUAUUUAUUACAAAC